AUGGAAUCGGCAGUGGGGAAUAAAACUAAACAGCCAUCCAUCCCUCUUUUCUGUUUUACAGAUGCAGCUCGAUUUGAAACGAUCGCCGUAAAGUUGCGCUUGGAAAACAUGGUUGUGGAUGAAGAAUAUGAGAACAGGCAUUUACUGGGCCAGGAGAACCUGGUGUGUAAAGUUGCGAAAUUUCAAUGGUUAAUCGACCCGGUUAUAGCUCCGGAUGUUGGAUUUCCGUCCUCUUACUUUGGUGGGAAAACACCUCCGCCACGAGAAGGCACCAUUUUGCUCGUUCGUUACUUUGUUCUCUCCUACUAUUCUCUUUUUUGCACCCCACCCCGAUCCCCGAUCCACAUGAACUCACAGUUUAUGGAAUUUUUGUCACAAUUCGACCCAGUUCUGAAUCGCGAUGUCCUACUUUGUAUCGACAUACCUCAUUCCGAGAUGGUGCAAUCGAUCUCGGAUAUUGUUCAGCUGAAUCUGAUACAAGGGGACUGCAAAAGUGACAAAACUCGGUUAGCCUGGUACACGUAUUUGUCCGACAAUGUGAUCCCCACUUUCAAUCAUUGGUUGGCUGAGAAUAUGAAUUCGGCCGAAAUUUCGUUUAACGCCACCAGGCUGCUGGGUGUGCUGAAGUACAAUGUUAAAUCGGCAUCAGAAGCCUUCUUGUCCACCACCUACACGUUGAAAAUCACAAUCACGUUCGAUUUCAAUGUGCUAUUCACGAACAAUUUGUGGUUCAGCGAUCCGACCACUACCACGGGGUUCAGCAAACUGCUGAAUGAUUACCGAAUUACUGAUGACGGUGGAGUUUCAGCUCAAUGGAGGCGGAGCAUAACGGUUGUUCUGCAAAUAUUUGAAUUGGAUUUUCGCUUCAUCAUCAAAAAACAGGAUGAGGAGGAGAUUUAUAGAGAGGAGGCUGAAGAUAUGGAGAGCAAACAGACUGCAGAUUUGCGUGCUCGCCAUAUUGUUCAGAGACUGUACGAUUUGUAA